CUUUUGGUUUUCUCGCUCAAACCUCAAAUACACAAACUCAAACAGAGAAGGGAAGGGUGGGAGAGAGACAGACUGAGAGACUGGGAGAGAGAGGGGCUGGGAGGGAUCGUGGGUGAGGUUCACUUGGAUCCAAAUCCACUUGAGCAAUAACUGAUCAGAGAAACGACAGAACGUUCUGGAGCUGCAACUCUAACAGGACUAAAACGCUUACUGAGCACAGCAGGAGGAAAAAAGAUUGUCGUAAGCUGUGACUGAAGCCAUACGGGUUGAUCUUUUUUUUCUUUGGCUUAUUUUCAGUGUGGAAGACUGUUAUAGUGGGUUGUACUCUGCAGGAGAGCUUCAGAAGUACAGGAAAAAGGUCUCAUUGUCACUGACAAGGCAUUUCAUACUGAAGUCGUUACUGCAGGAGCAGUAGUUUCAGUGCUGAGUUGUUGACAAUAGUGCUAGUAAUGUCAGGCAGAGUGCUUCCUGUCCUUCUCCUAUCUCUAUAUCUGACUGUGGGUUCAGUCCAGAGCCAGGGUUCCUCCCAGGAUGCCUUUAUUAUCCAGUACCUGGAGAGGAGACUGGUUCAGAUGGAGGAGCGUCUGAAUCAGUGUGAACAAAACACAGUGAGCGUCACCCAGAAGACCUAUGACCUCUCCUCUGAAAUGAGGGGUUAUCUGUCCACUCUCAGUGUUGUGAAAUCAGAGGUGAAGAGCCAGGUGGACAGCCUGUCUGUGCGAGUAGACCGGGUGGAGAGAGAGUUGGAAUAUCUUGAAAACAAGAUUCCCACUCAGUCUGACAUUGAGAUGGAGGAGGCGCUGCUGGAACAACAGAUAAAGGCUGCAGAACUGGACCAGCUGAAAAAGAAAGCCAAAAUCAAAGUGGAGAAAGACUGCAGCACAGCCCUGAGUCAAAUCAAGUCUCUUAAGAUUGUGAAGAAGGCAGGAGACACCUAUGGUUCCUGGUUCAAGGACCCCUCUGAAGGAUCAGCUAAGGUCUACCUGCUCAGUGGAAUUCAUAACAACACUCUGCUGGAGUAUGUUUCUCUGCAAAGCUUCGCAGAGAGGACCACCACUCCACCAGCUAAGGUGGUGCAGCUGCCUUUCCACUGGCAGGGGACAGGUCAUGUGGUCCUCAAUGGAUUCCUCUACUGCCACAAGGCAGACACACCCAACCAGAUACUGAAGGUAGACCUGUUGAAUGGUACAGUGGUGGACAGUACACUGCUACCAGGAGCAGGCCGUCUACCAGUCUACAGUCUGAACCCCAACACCUACCUGGAUAUGGCUGUAGACGAACUCGGCCUCUGGGUCAUCCAUGCUGACACUGAGUAUGGAGGAAACCUUGUCAUUACCAAACUGGAUAAAGGAACUUUGGCAGUAGAAUAUACAUGGGAUACACAAUGUAGGAGCCGUGAUGCUGAAGGAGCCUUCUUAAUAUGUGGGACCCUCUACGUGGUCUACAAUACACGCUAUGGAGGACGCUCCACCAUACAGUGUCUCUACGACAUCCAUGACACCAUCCACAGUGAUGAGAGUCCUGUGAUGUUCUUCCCAAAGCGCUACACCAGCCACAGCAGCAUCCACUACCACCCCGGAGACCAGCAGCUGUAUGCCUGGGACGACGGCUACCAGACAAUAUACAAAGUGGAGACACGCAGAAAUGACCAAGCCACUGCAGAAUGAAGACGAUCUAGUGUUAAUCCUUUAAAAACUUGUGGUAUCACUUCAGAAAUAAUCCAAAAUUAUGCAAUAAACAUCACUUAUAAAAGCAUCAAUUAAGGAAAUUUUCAAUUAUUGACGAGUAGUUUAUAAUCUACUGUUGUUCAGUAUAGUGAUCCUUUGCUGGCAAUGGAUGCUGCCUUCAUGACUGUUAAUCGUUAUAGACAUUAAGAUCAUGUCCAAACAAAAGCAUUUUAUGCAUUAUGUAGGCUUUAUACUUUGUAUCACCACAAUAAAGUGUCAUUUAAACA